UCAAGACCAAGUCGUGUUUCAUUCAUUCUGACCCUCUGGAGCUGUAAAAUGAUUCCUCUUCCAGGAAUGAGCAUCCAGGUUCUCAGUAGACACGUACGCCUCUGUCUAUUUGAUGGUAAUAAGGUUCUGAGCAACAUUCAUACAGUCAGAGCCACAUGGCAACCUAAAAAGCCCAAAACAUGGACCUUUUCUCCCCAGGUUACUGGCAUCUUGCCCUGCUUGCUUGAUGGUGAUUGUUUUAUCAGAUCCAAUUCUUCAUCUCCAGAUCUUGGAAUAUUAUUUGAACUUGGAAUUUCUUAUAUUCGCAAUUCAACCGGUGAAAGAGGAGAAUUAAGUUGUGGCUGGGUGUUUCUUAAACUUUUUGAUGCCAGUGGAAUUCCUAUUCCAGCAAAAACGUAUGAACUCUUCUUGAAUGGUGGCACCCCUUAUGAAAAAGGUGUUGAAGUGGACCCUUCAAUAUCCAGAAGAGCACAUGGGAGUGUUUUCCAUCAGUUGAUGACAAUGAGAAGGCAGCCUCAACUCCUAGUAAAACUGAGAUCUUUGAACAGAAGAUCAAGAGACUUGCUGAGUUCUCUGAGUCUUGACCAGUGUAUACAGUCGUGUAACUACCACCACAACCAAGAUGAAGAACAUUCCCAUCACUCUAAACAGCUGUCUGCUUUGUGGUCAGCUCCCCAGCCUCAGCCUCAGGCAGCCACUCAUCUGUCGUCUUUUCCCGCA